AGCUAUGAAAGCGACCCGAAUAGCACUGUUGAACGGAAAGGAAUGUGACAUUUAUAAAGAGGCUUCUGCGCUUACCUGUCACACUAGUGUUUCCCUUCUGACACCUAGAAUCUUUCGCAACGCUGCUGUGCCAGCCCGCCAUGCCUCCAACGCGUCAGAUCCGCGGUCUCUCCUUCGGCGCAGGUGCUGGUACGACCGCCGCGCCUGUCCCCAUCGCCAAAGACGCUUUCCGUCCCACUCGCUUUGCAAAGCAUCAGGAAGUCGACGACUUCUUCGGACGUACGAAAGCGCAACAGCGGCAACUCCGCAUUAAGACCCGAGAUGAAAGUGGCGCACUAUGGUUUGACUCGAUUGAGCGCGACGAGCAUCGGGGUCUCCUGUCUCCGACAGACUCAGUUGACAGAUCCCGUCGCAGCAGUCUCGGCUGUCCGCAAUACACCGAAGCUCGUCGUGGCAUGUUGGAAGAUGGAGCCAGCAUCGGAGAGCCUCGCAGCGUUGAAGCGUUGGGCUUCACUGAUCUGGCCAACAUGACGCCUCAGAUGAUCCUCUCACCUAACCUCAUGUUCAACAUGUCUACACUCGAACUCGAAUCGGCCAGCUACUUUGACCGCAUUGCCAGCAGCAGGCGCGGCUCUCUCACCGCGUCUAUCUCUGCUGGAGCAGGGAGCCCAGGCAUUCGUCCUCCGAACAGCACUGAUGGUAGCCACAAGCGCCGCUCGUCUGUCGGGGACCUUUCUCGCUACAAUAAGCGCUCGCCAGGUGCAUACCGUGCGGCUCGGAGAUCAUCAGCGGCGACCCGCCGGACAAGGCCCAGACGCAGCUAUAGCGAAUCUGUCAAGGGUGUCACUGUAACGAACAAGCUUCCCCCCAGGCUGCCAACAUCGGAACAGGAUGUCAACAUGGCCGCUGUGAAUCUCACCGUGGGGGCUAAAGUUGCGGCACAUGUGGCGGCAGCCAUGGUGACGGAAACAGAGAUGGCUCCGCCUUCCGAACAGAUUCACAUGCCAGCGUUCCUGCCGCUCCCCCGCAGAAGGCCCAGUGCGCACGCUCUAGAUGAGGCAUUCGGAGCCGACAAGGCAUCUCAAGUUGUCUCCUCUUUACCUUCGUCACUCCCUUCUUCCUUUCUGAAGCUAUCGGCAAGGCUCAAGCCUUCGCGCUCGGACUCUCACAUCUCUGCCAUGGUAUCAGUACCAGCUGAAGAGCAGGAGGUCCUCAUGCAGCCUACGGAACCUGCUACUUCUUCCUUCUUCGCUGGUCAACACGCAGAAGAGGCUAGCGCAUUUAGCCAGUAUGCAUAUCUGAAAAGGUCCUCUGGUACUCGUCACAAUGCGCCAGUCGCGACCGAGGCAAUACCAGCUUUCACCUUCCACAACCCGUUCGCAGGAUCGGAGGUGCCCCAAACGGCGCGGAAUGUGCACUUGGAGGGCUUGUUUGCGGACCUAGAGCAGCCCGCAGCCUUGUCGCCGGCGCCUGUGACAGUGUCGACAAGCGCUGCCGGCACCCCAGGCCGACGCAAGCCGAAUCAUCUUCCGCUACGGCUACCGUUGCAGACGCAGAGUCUCCGGAGCGCAGUCUCACGUUCCCCCGUUGCACGCCGCGCAAAAGCUGCCAUUGAGGCCGGCCUCUUGUCGUCGCAUUACUACACAAACCCAUCGCGCUGCGAGGUGUUCGGCAUGGUUGCCAUCGACAGUGACCACAGCAUUGGUGCGGGUGAUGUAGCCGCCAAUGAGCGUCACCAUAGAUUUGCCUCCGACAACGACAUCACUGAUUUGGAGGACGACACAAGUGACAACGCGAUCAUCAUACUGCCGCCUCCACCCCCUCGCUCAGCCAGCAGCGCACCUACCAGCGGCAGCGCGAGCUCAGUGCAAAGCGUGCGCCUCUUUGAACAUGGCGGCCACCAUGCAGCAGUACUAUCCAGACCGAAAGUCAAAGUUAGCUUCCAGCAGUCCACUGCUGUCAGCAAAACGGCGAGCUGCAACAAUACGGCGCCGACGCCGGCAGCGGGAGGCACGUCCAGCAAGGCGGUUGCCAUUCUGGGCAUCAACGACGCGAAUCGCAAUCUGCUCGCUCCUGUGGGCUUGCCGACGAGCGCAAGCCUGUAUGAAAAUCUGCACAUCCCUUGCGCCAGCAUCUUGCUUGGGAGCGACGAUGAGGCGGAUGACGACAACUGCCGCGGCGGUGGCAAUGCUGAGCACGAGAGUGACGGCGAGAAGGACACCAACGCUGCAGAUGACGCUGGUGAGCAGGACCGCGGCGCAGAAAGACGUGUCGCACUUGCGACCAGAGCGACGAUACACAAAGCAGCGAGGGCUCGGAGCAUGUCGGUGCUUGCCGGGAAAAAGGCGAUGCAGAAGCUGUUUGGGCGGACGAUGAGAACCGUUGGAACCUGUCUACAUUCGAGCGCCGACUAUUUAGACGCAAGAGUCCAUACACGCAGCAAACAGAGGCAACGGGCACUGUGACCAAAGCGAAACUGUCGACCAUCACCAAGGGAUAAAAUGCGGUCUAUACACCCGAGGACAAAACGAAGGCUGCGCCACGAAGUCUUUCGAUCAGCGCAUAUCGGUCU